AUGUCGAAAUUGUUCACGCCCCUCCAGAUCGCCGACAUCACGCUGGCGCACCGUGUGGUCAUGGCCCCUAUGACACGUUUCCGCACCGACGAUUAUCAUGUUCAAUCUUCAAUGGCCGUUCAGUAUUACGAGCAACGGGCCGCUGUACCUGGUACUCUCCUUAUCUCGGAGGCUACCCUAAUCUCGCCCGACCAUAGCGGGUUCCCACACGCGCCUGGGCUGUGGGAUGAGGCGCAAAUUGAAGGAUGGAAGCAGGUGGUCGACGCUGUACACGCGCGUGGGUCGUAUAUCUUUGCCCAGCUGAUUGCACCUGGCCGUGCAGCGGACGAAGCCUCGCUGCUCGAAGAGGCCGGGCACGGUGUUUUGUCAUCAAGCGCGGUUCCACUGGCGGAUGCCACAUCCGUCCCUGUAGCUAUGUCCAAAAGUCAGAUUGAGUUGGCUAUAGGGGACUUCGCUAAGGCAGCGCGAAACGCUAUACAGGCGGGCUUCGACGGCGUGGAACUCCACGGCGCAAAUGGCUAUCUCCUGGAUCAAUUCCUACAAGACACAUGUAACCGUCGGUCAGAUGCGUGGGGCGGAAGUGUGGAGAAUCGUGCUCGUUUUGCCAUUCAAGUCGCGACCGCGGUCGCUAAUACUAUCGGCGCUAACAAGGUCGGGUACCGCAUAAGCCCAUGGAGUACCUUCCAGGGUAUGCGAAUGGCCAAUCCAAUUCCACAGUUCGUAUACCUGCUUGAGCAGCUCCGGGCUUUGAAGAUUGGGUAUCUGCACAUUGUCGAGUCGCGCGUCAACAACAACGUUGAUAUUGAGAAGACAGAGGGUAUCGAGUUUGCCCUAGACGUUUGGGGUCGAACGUCCCCAGUUCUUGUGGCUGGUGGGUUUUCCCCCGGGUCGGCGAGGAAGGCAGUGGACCUAGAGUACUUGAAUCAUGAUGUUGCUAUUGUGUUCGGACGGCAUUUUUUGGCGAACCCGGAUCUUCCAUUUCGGAUCCAGCACGGGAUUAAGCUGAAUGAGUACGACCGACCCACCUUCUACACUCCCAAAUUGAGCACGGGGUACGCAGACUAUCCAUUCAGCCCUGAUUUCCUUUCUAAGGGUGGGGCCAAUAUUAAGGAUAGGUGA